GAUUUUAUCGUGAAGUACAUCCGUCUAAAUCACAACUAGUGCUGCAAUAAGAUCUACAAUCAAAGCUUUUGCUUUAUAGUGAUACCAUUCUAUAAAUGUUAAAACUGAAAGGUAAUUUUUGUUUUCUCCUCUACGGGGUUUACAAUGUGCAGUAGAUGAAAUAAGUACAGUUAUGAAUUAUCAUCAUCACAGUUAUCUGUAAAGCACAACUGAAACCUGUCGAUAACGCUAGGAUUUUUAUGUAUUUGCAUAAUGAGUCACACUUUCCCCAAGUCCUUCUUACUGAAAUGACUGAAGAUGUCAUUUAUUUAUGUAUUUAAAUAUAGCUGCGUUUGUCGGUGUUUUUUUAUUCUUGGCCACUAGGUGGCGAUACCACACAGCUUUGGCAACUGCCUAAAACAUCAUAGAAGAAGACCGUGCCUCCAUGAAGCUCGCCAUGUUUUAUUAUGUGUUGUUCCUCCAUUAAGCUCUGUUGGGCCUUCUGCCAGAGUCACACGUGUGUUUAAACAUAGUGCAGCAGCAAACAAAUGGCCUUCGCUCUGCCGGUGUGGCUCGCGGUGCAGGAGGAACUCCUCGGACAUGGCGCGGCAGACCAUGAGCCUCCGAGCUGCUUCGACGAUUUCGACGACGAAGCUUUGUUCCAGAUGUUCCACCUCACCAGAUCCUGCAUCGCUUUCAUUACAGAUGCUAUACGCAUCCGCAUGAAGACAGUCGUUAUGGACAACCCUGAGCUGCCCGUAGACGCGAUGGUCAUGGUGGCGCUGAACUAUUACGCACACGGAGUCUCCUCCUCUGCCGUGCUGCAGAGACUCGGACUGAGCGAGACGGACUACGCCGUGGUUGUUAUUAGCACAGUCUCCGACGUCAUCGCAGGGAUGUCCGAUCAGUUCAUCUCAUUCCCACUAACCCGGGACGCCAGAGCCAAUGUCGCCUUCAAGAUAGAGAAAAUAUGUGGGAUCCCCAACGUGCUGGGCGUCCUGGCUCCAGCCCACUUCAGGAUCAGAACUUCUCCGUAUGAGAGGAGCACCUUCAGGGCUUUUGUCAACAGCUUGAGUUACACGUCGGUCGUGAGCCAGAUCAUGUGUGACUCCGACGGCAACAUACUCAGUGUUGAACAUUGUUGCGUGGGCAGCACGUUUGAGCAGGAAAUGUGGGAGUCGUCGUUCAAAGGGAGGGAGAUGGAGAACGAAUUGCAUGGACCAUAUUGGGUUGUUGGUGGGAAAGGCUACCACUUAAGCAAACAUGUGUUGACUCCUGUGUCUGAACCUGCAAAUGACAAGGAGGGCCGCUUCAACGAGGCCCACACAAAGAUCCACAACGUCAUGAGGGCAACGCUCGGCUCCCUGAGGAGGCGUUUCAGGUGUCUGAUGCAACUUGGUUUUGCACAAGAAACUUCUUUGAACAAAAAGUCUAACAUUAUCAAGGCAUGCUGUGUGUUGCACAACAUUGCAAAGAAGUUUUCCGUCCCUCCCCCGCCUGCAGCGGGUAAAAUUGAGCCCCUGCAUCCUGGCAAGCAGCAAUCGACGCCAGUGGAGGUCAACCCAGAGGCUCUGAAAGCCAGACAGAAACUCAUCGAUGUUAACUUCUCUUUAGUCACCAGUGGCCAGAACCCACCGAGUAACAACAUCACAGAGGACAAUGUGUGAACAGAGUGGGUGCAUCGUCUGCUCCAUUUCUUAAUGUCUUCAUUUGGAUCCCCAUUAGCUUCCACACAGUGGUCCCUAAUCUUCCUGGGGUCCACACGCAAAAACAACUAAUAAAAGAAACAAUCAUUAAAAACACACUAUAUCAAUAAAGUAAAAGCAGCAAAGAGUAUCACUGACGUACUGACACACUGAGGAGGACAAACACUGAAACUAACACCCAGAUUACGGUGCUGGAUUUCACAGCUUUCUGUUGCUUUUCAGUUUGACACUAAUAUGUAAAUGUGAUGGAACACUGGGUUUUUCACCUUGUUUGCAGAGUUGGUAGGAAGACAUUCAGGUAUUUUUGUUAACAUAAAAUAUUUUAUUUCGUAUACAAAUAGAUAAUCAUUCUUUUCUACCUAUAUUUCUUCUUAAUAAAAGUAAUUUGAAAACA